CUCCUAUUGAUGCAGCCCAGAAUUGCAUUGGCUUUUUAAGCUGCUGCAUCACACUGCUGACUCAUGUCAAGUUUGUGGUCUACCAAGACUCCUAGAUCCUUUUCACAUGUACUGCUCUCAAGCCAGGUGUCUUUUGAUCCUUGACACCAGAAUUAGGCGUCCCACUCACAGCAGAAAAGCCUGAGGGUCACCAAAUUGUCAUACUUCUGUAUAGAGCUAGAAAUGGAGGCUCAGACCUCCAGGCUCCCAGAGGUAAAGUUAGCUGGAUCUUGGAGACCUUGUAUCACAGUUCUACAAAAGAUGGCCACCCUGCACUAGUUAGCUCAGUUGGUUAGAGCGUGGUGCUGAUAAUGCCAAGCUUGCAGGUUUGAUCCUCAUAAGGUCCACCUUCAUUUUCCUGCAUUUCAGAGGGCUGGGCUAGAUGACCCUUGGGAUGUUAUGAUUCUAACAUCUUCAAGGCUCUAAGGGGAGCACACAUCUUGCAUCUGCAGCUUAAAAGAGCUGGAUGAGCAUCUUUCGAUAACUCCAUGUGGUCAUAUUCUGGGUGCAUAUAACUGUUGCUGAAAAUGAGACCUCUAAUCUGCCCUGGUGAAUGAGAGUAAGUGGGCCCCAGAAGCUAAAAUCUACAGUAGUGUAUUUCAAAAUUUAAUUUUAAACAUAUUGGCAGAAGAUAAGUGAAUGGAUUUUAAUUCAUGAACAAUGUGAGGGUAAAGAUAUCAAGGAGAGAUCAACAGCAUAUUGUAUAUAAAUGAAUCACGAGGAAGGGAGUUGUGUACUGCGUAAGGAACAGUAUAUGCAAGUAAUAGCAUAAACAUGUGCUAUUUUGUUUUCCAUGUAAUCAUUAUCUGCAUAUACUGUUCCUUUCUCUCAUUAUUCACAUAUACUGUCCUCUUCCCCAAGAUUCAUUUAUAUAUAAUCUGUUGUUGAUUUCUGUUUGGUAUUAUUAUGCUCACAUCUUUUAUGAACUAACUUGCAUACAUAGGUCUUUGGCUGAUGUAUUUACACUAAAUCUUUCCAAAUGGAUUUUAGUCUCUAUUUGGUUGGCCCUGUCUGGCCUACUGGGGCAGAGUAAGAUCCUUUCAGCAUCUAGAAGAGAUGAUGUGUGGAGAACAACUUCUUGGCUGUAACUUGCUGCCAAUACUGUGCAAUGGGCUAUUACUCACUUAAUUGAAUCUACCAUGAGUUGAUAGAUGACUGCUAAAGAUAUGCAGUCUGAUGGUAUUCUGGAUUGUACAGCAGGGAAGGGUCCCCAGGUUAUGGUCUUGAGCAGGGGUCAGCAAGGUUUAUCUUGCCUGGACUGGAUUGGUCCAGCAGAGAUCCCUCCGUGGGCUGGAUUGUGUGCGCCUGUGAGUGUGCACGCCUGUGAUUUCCGGCACGUGCGCAGACACGGUUUCCAGUUUAGCGCAGUGCGUGAGUGGGUGGCUUGGUUUAGGGGCGGCUCAUGGGCCGGUCAAACCACCUCCAUGGGCCGCUUCUGGCCCAUGGGCCUUAGGUUGCCGACCCCUAGUCUUGAGGGUGCAGUUUACCCAGAUUUCUCUGCUGAUCCCCCAAAUACCAGUACCUGCUUGUAAGAGGCCCAGAUAGCUUUUUAAAAAAUGUGUGAGUGUAAAGCUUAGUCUCUCUGUGUCCAUAAUCAGAGUCUGAGGAGCAUGCAUUGAGUAUAUAGCCUCCAGGAGUUGCUUUUAUAAUCAAGGCUAAUACAAAUAAAUGUGGCUCAUUAUCUCUGUGAUUGAGCUAGUUACAGGGUUAAUAAAAGACAACCUUUUAAAUGAGGUCUGUUUAAGAGUAAUAACAAAGUGGGUUUACAGAAAUGUAUGCUUUGGUAGUCUCCUGGUCAGUGUUCUGCUGCUUCUGAACUUUCUAUUUUGAUGCAGGAGAUUUUUCAGACUACAGUGGUACCUUGGUUUGCAAACAGUCUGGUUUGCAUACAUUUUGGAUUACAUACACGUCAAACCCGGAAGUGCGUGUCCCGGUUUGUGAACUUUUUUUGGAUUACAACCCAUUUUUUGGGAUUACGAACAUUUUUUGGGGGGAGGUUCCAUUGGCGAAAGCGUGCCUUGGGUUACAACCUGUUUUGGUUUACUAAUGGACCUUCGGAACAGAUUAUGCUUGUAAACCAAGGUACCACUGUAUGAUAUUUUCAGAAUGUAGAAUGGAACAAACCUUUUGCCCUUGCUUUCCUUGAAUGAAAUUGCAUUCAGUUUCUGAUGAAGAGCAGCCACCUGUCUAUGUCCCAGCUCUAGAAACGGUUCCUGUUUGUGUGAAAAUGUGUUCUCUGCAUUGACCCUUAGAAGUUGAAGUUAAUGCCAUGUCAAGAAACGUAUGUCUCUUGAAGGAAUUUCCACAGAGAGGAAUUUUAGAGCAAGACACCUGCUGAAAGGUCAGAAAGCGGAAGUGAAGGCAAAGGUGCCUGCAGCUGCUGCCGCCCCCCCAAUGGAUGCCUGGAAAAGCGCAAGCCAAGUGCCUGGGCAGCAGGUCCCUGACAAAGGAGGAAUGAAGAGUGCUUCUCUAAAGGAUUUAUGUCCUGAAGACAAGAGGCGCAUAGCAAACUUAAUUAAGGAGCUUGCAAGGGUGAGUGAGGAAAAAGAGGUGACAGAGGAGCGCCUGAAAGCUGAGCAGGAGUCGUUUGAGAAGAAGAUCAGACAACUUGAGGAACAGAAUGAACUCAUCAUCAAAGAAAGGGAAGCUCUGCAGCAGCAAUACAGAGAGUGCCAGGAACUUUUGAGCCUUUAUCAGAAGUAUCUCUCGGAGCAGCAAGAAAAGCUCACAUAUUCUCUUUCGGAGCUCGAGGCUGCCAAGCAGAAGGAGCAGCAGAUGUCCAACCACAGAAGCCUUUGUCAACCUCUGUCAUCUUCGGAAAUGGAUGGAUCCUACCUUAGCAUUGCUCGACCACAGGCCUUUUACAAGAACAACAGAAUGGCACGUGGAAGUCCUACCCAUAUGCCUGUGUCUCAGUCUUGCAGGAACAGUCAUGCUCAUCGAGCUACAGUUCAGGGUCAUCAGCAAGAAGAUCAGAACGAGUUCAUGCUGGGCAAUGGGUUGCAUGGUAAGUGCAACAAUGUGGUUUCGCCAACAAGGCAAAAGUUGCCUCCCCACAGGAAAGUGACUCCUGCCGCGGAGCAGAGGAGAAACAGCUGUCCCCUUCAGACUUGCUUUUUCCACAAGAAACCAGGUAGCUCUGAUCAUGAUUCUUUCCAAGAGGGCUGCCAUGUUCCAAAAGUGCACACCGGACCACAUUGUGAAUCCUUUGCUUGUUGCUCAUGCCCAUCGCAUACUUCGGGACUGAACGGCAGUACGGACUUGAGGCCAAAAGAAAUGGAGCGUGGUAAAAGGUUAUCGGAAGAAAGGAGGAAGCAGCUGCUGCUUCAGAAGAUGGAGCUGGAAAUUGAGAAAGAACGCCUUCAGAAUCUGUUAGCCAAGCAGGAGGCAAAACUGCUGCUUCAGCAACAGCAGCUCCACCAAUCCAGGCUUGACUACAAUCGGUUUAAAGGCCAGCCUCCUAAUUCAGAAGAACUGCUCAUUGAUGAAGUGCUGAUGAGACCAGGCGGCUUGGCCCCCGUGAUGAAUGGCACUUGUGGGGGCCUCAGUUCUCCGAAGCUCAGUUGUGAAGAUUGCCUUACAAAAACGCCAGCUUCUGGGAGAGGCUGCAACACACCAGGAAGCAGUGGAGGGAAGAAAAGUGUUGGCUUCAGUGCCCAUGCAGACGAUGAAUGCUUUGGAGUGCACACAAAGAAGGAGACUGUCAGACCGAGAAGAGGGAUGAGUUCAGCCUCCCGGAAGGAUGCGGCUACAUCCCCUGGACUGACAGGCAGCAGAAAAGAGCUUGUAACUGCGGCCACCUCCCCAAUCCAGCCUGACACCUCACGGUACGAGUCCUCUCUCUUUGACCUGGUGGAAGCAGUGAGCCAGGACUCGCAGCAUCACUACAGCGAAAGCCGCAACCUGAGCCAAGUGCUUGUGCCUCAAAGCAGGAGGUGGAGGAAGCCUGGAUGGAAGCAGAGCCCAACUGGUGCCAUGAAUGGGACCAUGGCUGAGCUAGAGGAGAGCCGGAUUCUGGAGGAAAUCUUUUUCAUUUGAGGGGCCCAGCGGUUGCCGCCUUUCCUUCCGGGUGGAUCCAAGGACCUGUCUUCCCUUUCUAACAUGGGCAUGUUUACACAUUGGGAUAUUGCUUUUAAAUUAUUUGAUUGACGAAUGAUUGUCUCCUUAACUCCCCCCACCCCUUAGAAAAACUUAACACGAUAGUUCCCCUGUCCCAAUUUCCAAAUCAUGUCUAAAAAACAUCCUUUCAAGCAGACUGACCGAAGUGUAAGCAGGACAUUUCUGGGCUCUUUCUCUGCACGGUUACAAGGUAAUAACUUUUAAAGGAAAAGAAAUUCAUGCCAUUGUGGAAGGGAUUAGUAUUUCAUUAUUGAUUUAUUUUUUUUAGCUGUGAAAACCAGUUUCCCAGAGCUUCAUUGCUUGCUCAUACACAAAAGCACAUUCCAACUUUUAUCAUUUUUCCAAGUAGCCUGUUAAAAUUGAGGGUGCUACCUAUAUAUAUAUAUAGCUAAUGAAUUCCCAGCACCGUCUGUCAGAUUCUGUGUUGUGCCAUUUAACGGGGGUGGGGGUUGAAGAUGGGUAAGCAGCAGCCUCCUCUUAACACUAAUGGACAUUUCUCAGUUAAUGAAUCUCUUACGAAAUAAGCCUCUCUCUCUCUAUUUUUCUUUAAGGGUGUAUUAGACAUAGACUAUCUACUGAGAGAGUAUGCCCCUUACAGCUAAGCUGUGUGAACAAAAUCAAGCAUUUUGACAGCCUAACCUGCUAUUUUUUUCUCCACUCCUCCAUGCUGAAAAGUGCUACAGGGUGAGACCAGCUCAUGGAGUGUUAUCUCUGAGGUCCCCCCCCCUUUUCUUCUUCUAUUUUUAACCCCCUACCCAUUCCUGGGCGUUGUAAAUAAAGACAAAUCAGUAAUUCAUCCCACUUGCCACUUGUGACGUGGAUUCCCCCUUCUGGCUUUAAUCAUUUGUGCUAUAUCUUAUUUCAUUUUGUUUUUAAAAUAUGCUCCCCACCCUUCCCCAGGAAAACUGCAUGUUCAGUUAUUUAAAGAAAUGUCCGGAAUUAGUUGAAAUGGCUGCAGUUUGCAGGAAUCAACAAUCACUUCUUGUCCCGUUUAGUGUUCAUAUUUUAGCAGAACAAGCCACAGGCAUGAAUUCAUGGAAGCCCGACUCUGAAACUCCCCUUUCUGCAGCUCAAAGGUGGUGCAAAGGGAGAGGGACAGCUUUAGUCUGGGCAGACAUCAGUUCUGAAAUGCUCCUUCUUCCCCUGGCCUUUGCCUUCCUCUCUGCUUAUGUCCACGAGGUGGGCUGGGAAGCUGCUAUUUUCCCCCUAAGUUCACAGGAGGGUCGCUUAUCCAUUGCCUUAAUUCUGCAAGUGGAGAGGCGUCUCAGCACCCCAUAUCAGAUCACAUGGGGAUUAGUUUUUUUGGUGUGCGGCUUUUAGCAAAGUUGAAGGGAGCCUGAAGUUCUUCCACUGACCCAAGGAUCAAGUAUACACUAUAGGAAGAAAUGAACAGGUCCAAGUAGGAAAUACUGAACUCUUUAAAAAUUCUGCAGAUUUAGGGCUUCUUCCAGUGUCGCAGUUUGAGCCCUUGGAUGCUGGCCCUUAGCGUUCAGGAACGGGGCACCUUACAGGCUUUUUGCUGCUGUUUCUGCCUCAUCAUCACGGUCUCUAGUUUCACUAGGCAAGAUGGUCUUUUAGGGCUGCAUAUCGCUGACCUCCAGCGCAGACUGUGAGCUUUUUAUUAUAUUUCUGUCAUUUGAGCACAGUGAUUCAUAUUAACAUAGGAGCUACCCAAAACAGGAGAACGAAUGCAACAUAAAACAACAGGAUUUCUUCCUAAGCUCUCUCUCUCCCCCCCCCUCUCCUUUUUAGACAGUCCCUCAUCAGGAAUGAAUACAAUAAUUUUCCCUUUUAAUUUCUAGCCUUCUCUUGUUUGCCUGGUUUGCCCCUCUGCUUGCCUUUUUAAGAUCAACCUUAAGCGGUGCCUUCAGAUUUACAUUCCAGAGCUCUCUCUGUCAGAGUGAUUUUUUUUGUCUCCAGUUCUUAGCCAGUGCCAAUAUUUAACCUCUUUUAAUAUUGAAUCUAGGAUUUCCGAUAAAGCUCUUGAUAAACAGGUCGGAUUAAUGCUGUUGAUUUUUGUGUCAAAUUGUACCUUGGUCAUCAAUGUCUUUCGAAAGGAGCAUUGUCAAGGGUUCAACUUCAAACUCUAUCCAUAAUGGCUAAAAUUCAUCCAUAGGAAAAAAAAACCUGUCUCUGAGGCACUUUAUUAAAAAUAUUUUUAAAAAAAGGAAUAAGAGGGUCCAAGAGGGUUGGUUGCACAGUUGGGCCAAGCACUCCAAAUUCAAUUGUUCAAAAGUCCAUGCAGUCAGUUAGGGUGGCUGCCAUUUUAGUGUACAGAUGGCAGCUUGUGGGAUUCAGUGGAGACACUGCAUAAAUCCUUGCCUUUGUGCACAUGUGAGCAGCAUCAACCGGGAACUUUGUCCAUUGUCCAAUCAAUCUGCAUAACCUGCGUAAGUGAGGAUACCCACCAAGAUGUCGAUGGCUGAAUGUGGCUAAGCAAGGGGAAAUGCAUGAAGGCUGGGCAAGGUGAGAUGUCUUGUCUGCACAUUUCCCAGCAUAAUUUGGAGACACUGCACAUUGACAGCACAAUAUGGGAAAUGCCCCAUUCAGGCGCCGUAGUGUCUGCACGUUCACUAUGCCGACUGCUUCGUAUGUACACCCUCUGCACAACUUGCAAUCCUUUCUGGAAGCCAAAGGCAUUUUGUCACAAGGCUUUAUAAAGCUGAAGUUGUUCAGAAUAGUUACAGCUUCGGAGGAAAAGCAGGUAGGGGGAAAUCAGUGGCUGUCAAAGACCAAAAUCAGCAGUUGCGGGUGGAAAUUGUUUUUCCCCCCUGUCUGCUCAAGCAAUAGAAGAGAAUUGAAACUUAAACUAGCCCAGGAAGUCUCAGAGUGCUGUCCAUGUGCAGUUUAGUUCCUGUAGCUGAAAGCACCAACCAGGGACAGCAAAGUGCAAGGGGAAGGACUCUGUCCAAGAUUUACUCCACGUAAAUCUUGCUGGGUGGAAUCAGAAUGGUCUUGGAGCAGCUAUUCUUGUGCUGGGUGUUGAGUCUUCAUGCGUUGAGUCUUGGUUCUGCCACAAAUGGCCUGUUGUUGUUGUCGACGUCGUCUUUGUCUCCCCCCAACACACAUGUGCACUUUGUAAGAAAUGGAUCUGUAAAAACAAUCACCCCUCCAAAAUACUUAUUGGGUUAUGUUUGGUAAGUACUACCUGAGACUUGAUUGGAUCUUUAAAAAUAAACACAUGCAAUGUUUUAAUUUAAUAAAUUAUCAAGGUGGAUUUCCCCCCUUUCUUAUCUGUCUCGUUUCUUUAUUUCUUGCCUCGUUUUGUGAGUUGGCAUGUCGUGCGGAAUUUCUGGAUGUUUUCUCCCCCUCCCUUUGUGUUGAAGCACACACGUCCAGGCAGAGGAAAGUUGGCAGAUACU